AUGAAAGCUGCGAUAAACAUAGCAAAUACGCUUCGAGGAUUGGUUACAUUCGGAUUCAUCAGAAACAUCAAAUCAAUGUCUUCUUCUUCUUCUUCUUCCCAAAACUUUGUGUCAAGAUCUGUAAUCAAGAAAGUCUUCGCUAAGCUUCAGAAAGAAGGCGAUGGAGCCGUUGUUAGACGUGGCAUUUCCAGGAGUGAGCAGAAGCUGUUAGAUCCUUUCUUGAUGCUGGAUGAAUUCUCCGUUUCACCUCCAGCUGGAUUCCCAGAUCAUCCUCACAGAGGUUUUGAAACUGUUACGGAGGAAUUACUCAUCAAGAUUUCAAAGGCCACAAGGGUACAAUCUAAUAUCUAUGCUGGUGAUGUUCAGUGGAUGACUGCAGGAAGAGGAAUCAUUCACUCUGAAAUGCCUGAAGAAGAAGUUAACAAAGGUUUACAGCUAUGGAUCAAUCUUUCUUCCAGCGAGAAAAUGAUAGAGCCAAAUUAUCAAGAACUGUCCAGUGCAGACAUACCAAAAGCAGAACAAAACGGUGUCCAAGUCAAAGUCAUAGCAGGAGAAUCAAUGGGAAUCCAAUCUCCUGUCUACACAAGAACACCAACAAUGUUCCUAGAUUUCACUCUUGGUCCAGGAGCUCAGUUCCACCAGAACGUUCCAGAGUCUUGGAACGUGUUUGCUUAUGUUCUAGAAAGUGGUGAAGGUGGAGCCGUUUUUGGCUCAUCAAACUCUUCUCCUGUUUCAGCGCACAACGUUGUGGUAUUCGGACAGGGAAAUGACGGUGUUAGCGUGUGGAACAAGUCAUCUUCUAAGAUACUGAGGUUUGUGUUAAUAGCUGGAGAACCAAUUGGUGAACCGGUGGUUCAGUACGGUCCAUUUGUGAUGAAUACACAAGCCGAGAUUGAUAUGACUAUUGAAGAUUAUCACUAUAGUAAGAAUGGCUUUGAAAUGGCCAAGUAUUGGAAGUCACAGUGA